UUACACCAGAAUCAUGACGAGUGCUUUAUGAGCUCUCCAGUUUAUGAUGGCUGUAGUGUCGUGGAAGGAGAUUUGCCUGCUCACUGUGCUGGUGGCGGGCUGCUACUGGAACAGCCUGUUGUGUGGCUUUGUGUUUGACGAUGUCUCUGCCAUUUUGGAUAACAAGGACCUUCGUCCAUCGACGCCUAUUAAAAACCUUUUCCUUAAUGACUUUUGGGGGACCCCAAUGUCAGAGGAGCGGAGCCAUAAAUCCUAUAGGCCACUUACUGUUCUCACUUUCCGCCUGAACUACCUGCUAAGUGAACUGAACUCAGCGUCCUACCAUCUGUUCAAUGUGAUUCUCCAUGCAGUCGUAUGUGUUUUCUUCCUGCGCUUUUGCCGCCUGCUGCUCGACCCAACAACCAGCCUGGUGGCCGCACUGCUGUUCGCUGUUCACCCGAUUCACACAGAGGCUAUCACAGGUGUUGUCGGGAGAGCUGAACUCCUGUCCUCAAUAUUUCUGCUGGCAGCUUUUCUGGCUUAUACCAAGUCAAAAGGCCCAGAUCACUCGAUCGUGUGGACACCCAUCCUUUUUACUGUCUUCCUGGUAGCUGUUGCCACCCUUUGCAAGGAGCAGGGAAUCACGGUGAUUGGGAUUUGCUGUGUCUAUGAAGUAUUUGUUGCUCAAGGGUUCACCUUGCCCAUGCUGAUUGAGACAGCGGUUCAGGUGCUACGAGGGAAGGACGUUUUCCCCUACUCAAUCCUGCAGACCCUGCUGAAGCUGGUGGUGCUGGUUAUUAGCACGCUGCUCCUGGUCAUUGUGCGAGUGCAGGUCAUUCAGUCCCAGCUGCCAGUUUUCACCAGGUUUGAUAACCCGGCAGCGGUCAGCUCCACACCUGCUCGCCAGCUCACCUUUAACUACCUGCUGCCAGUAAAUGCCUGGCUCCUACUUAACCCAUCCGAGCUGUGCUGUGACUGGACCAUGGGCACGAUACCGUUGGUGGAGUCUGUUGUAGACCCGCGUAAUCUUGCAACGCUGGUGUUCUACACGCUACUAGGCCUUUUGGCCUAUCACAGCCUGCGCCAUGGACACAGCUCUGCCAAGACUGUCCUGAUGGCUCUCUCUCUGAUCGUCCUCCCAUUCAUCCCAGCAUCCAACCUCUUCUUCCCCGUGGGCUUUGUGGUGGCCGAGCGUGUGCUUUAUGUGCCCAGCAUGGGCUUCUGCGUGUUGGUGGCCCACGGAUUUAGGAGCCUGGCCUUCAAAGGGGUCUUGAAGAAAGUCUCGUGGUUGUUUAUGGGAGUUCUUCUAAUGACGCAUGCAGUGAAAACAUUCUACAGAACCUGGGACUGGGAGUCGGAGUACACGCUGUUCACUUCUGCUUUAAAAGUAAACAAGAAUAACGCCAAAUUAUGGAACAACGUUGGCCAUGCUCUGGAAAACCUAAAUGAUUAUGAGACAGCGCUCAAAUAUUUCCUCCAGGCCACAAGAGUGCAACCAGAUGACAUCGGUGCCCACAUGAAUGUAGGAAGAACAUACAAGAACCUCGACCGAUCCAAAGAUGCUGAAGAGGCGUAUUUGGUCGCAAAAUCUCUUAUGCCACAGGUCAUUCCAGGAAAGAAGUAUGCUACUCGCGUGGCUCCCAACCACCUAAACGUUUACAUUAAUCUUGCUAAUCUCAUCCGAGCCAAUGAGUCCCGCCUCGAAGAAGCAGACCAGCUCUACAGACAGGCCAUCAGCAUGAGACCCGACUUCAAACAGGCCUACAUCAGCAGAGGAGAGCUCCUUCUGAAAAUGAAUAAGCCCAGUGAGGCGAAGGAUGCAUACUUGCGAGCGUUAGAACUGGACCGCACCAAUCCUGAUCUGUGGUACAACCUGGCCAUCGUAAACAUCGAGAUGAAGGAACAAUCGGAGGCGCUCAGGAACUUCAACCGCGCACUGGACCUCAACCCACGGCACAAACUCGCCCUGUUUAACUCAGCGCUGCUCAUGCAAGAAUCAGGUGAGGCAAAGCUCCGCCCUGAAGCAAACCGCCGCUUCCUGAGCUACGUGGAGGAGCAGCCCAACGACGCCAACGGCUACUUUAACCUGGGCAUGCUGGCCAUGGAUGCUGAGGAAAACGAAGCAGCAGAGCGCUGGAUGCGCAAAGCCAUCGCUCUGCAGCCAGGCUUCCGCAGUGCCCUCUUCAACCUGGCACUCCUCCUGGCCCAGGGCCGGCGCGAACGCGACGCUCUGACCGUCCUGGACGAACUCCUGCACUACCAUCCAGAGCACGCCAAGGGCCUCAUCCUAAAGGGUGACAUUUUAAUGAACCAGCUGAAGGAUACGCAGGGCGCCCGUGACGCCUUCGAGCGCAUCCUGCGGUCCGAUCCGAGCAACGUGCAGGCCAAGCACAACCUGUGCGUGGUGUACUUCGAGGAGCGGCAGCUCGCCCGGGCUGAGCAAUGCCUCCAGGAGACGCUGGCCAUGGCUCCGCACGAGGAGUACGUACAGCGGCACCUUGCUAUCGUCCGCUCAAAAAUCGCUGCUGCCGGGAGGCCUCAGGCGCCGCUAGAGGGAGCGGAGGCUGCAGGAAAGAAGCAGCAGAACGAUCGCAAACAGCAGCGGCCGGGAGGCGACUCGGAGGAAGAGGAGGACGAAGGGCGGCCAGGCACGUCGGGAGUAGGGGAAGAGGCAGGGAGGGAGAAGAAUUUGCGGAAAUCCUCCCCCGCCAAAAGCCCCGACGGCCAGGAGAAGAUGCUGGACAACAGCCAGCCCGACAGGAGGACUAAGAGUAAAUCCACACAAGAGAUUAAAGACAUAGAAAAGAAAAGAGAGGCCGCGUUGAAGAGGCUGGAGGAGAUCGAGCGCAUUUUAAGCACCGAUUAACCUUGUUUGUGUGCCAUCGGACUACUUUUAUACAACUGUUUAGGGCACGGGAUGCGCCUCUGUUGGUUUUCCUGACAGAUUGUUUAUGCAUGUGAGAAGGAAACUGUUUUGUUCGGUUAUUUUUACUGUGAGAGUCACGUUUUUAGGGAUUUUUUGACCCUGGGGCCAAUGAUGGGCGGCAAACAAGGUGUGAAAUUCCAGUAUAAAAAGAGAGAAGCACAAAAUUAGGUACUUUUUAAUGCCCCAGAAUUCUGGAUGCGCAGAAUGUGUGUUUUUUUUAGGAUUUGUUUAUUGUUGGAAAGCACUGGAUCAGUAGUGUUUAACACUCGGGAGACACUGUCAGUUGUUUUAUUUAGAAUCAAAGACAAUUAACGGAAGUGACUUCACUAAGGCGUUCUUUGUGUGUUCCUCAGCUCGAGCUCAGGAUGCCUCUUGGACUGUGUGCGUUUCUUUUUUUAGUCACGGCGUGGCCUGUCCCUCGCCUCCUCGUCUGUUGGUUGUUUUGUGUGUCUGUUCUGUUCUCUUCACCUCAUGGUGUCACAGAUUUAAUUAUAGCACUCUAGCAGUUUUAAGACGGUGCUAAAUCCCAUGGCUGUCAUGUUUCUUUUAGUAAUUGUAUAUAUAUACACUGACCAGCCAUGACAUUAAAACCACCUCCUUAUUUCUAC